AUGGGUGCCACCACCUCCACUACUUCAUCGGACUUACAACUCUGUCCUGCGUCCCCUGACGCUCAAGAGAUUUUCCGGCCAACCCUUGACACCUCCGACAUCUCUAUCGGCAACAUCCAACCCAUCACCACCAUACGCCCCCACCAACAAAACCCCAGAAAGAAACGCACAAAGAUGAUCAGAUUCCACAACAGCAAAGCCAUUGUUGGUGUUGCAGGCGGCAGUUCAACUUCCGGCAACCAUUCCGGCAUCAUCACAAAGAAAAAACCCGACCCAAGUGCUCCAAAAAUCACUCGUCCCUGUACUGAAUGUGGAAAGCGGUUCUGGUCAUGGAAAGCCCUCUUCGGCCACAUGCGUUGCCACCCUGAGCGACCAUGGCGGGGAAUCAACCCACCGCCAAAUCUCCACCACCCGCCGGCGCCGGAUAAUCACGAUUUCAUCAAUGUAACAACUGAAGAAGAUGAAUACGUGGCCGCAUGCUUAUUGAUGCUCGCUAACUCCACCACCACCACCACCACCACCAUCGCCGCCCAUCCAUCCACCAGUCACCACCACCACCACCAGGAUCCGGACACCCGAUUUGAGUGCUCUAGUUGCAAAAAGGUUUUUGGGUCCCACCAAGCGUUAGGCGGGCACCGGGCAAGUCACAAGAACGUGAAAGGCUGUUUUGCAAUAACAAGAAACGAUGAAGUUGAAGAUGGAGAAUUUGAAGGUGUAGAUAACAACAUGAACAUGGUGAUGGUUUUGGGCAGCGGGCAGCAACACAGAUGCAGCAUUUGCUCAAAGAUCUUUUCAAGCGGGCAGGCACUCGGUGGACACAAACGAUGUCACUGGGAGAAAGACGACGCCGUUAAUACACCAAUAACAACACCGUUUAGGUUCGAUCUGAAUUCACCCCCACCUAAUGAUCAUCAUUCCACGUUUCCAAUUUCAGAUUUAGAUUUAAGAUUAAGCCUCUAA